AUGGAUUUGUGGCAGGAGGUCUCACCUGGAUCUGGAGUUUGGUAUAUAUCACGUGAAAUAUAUCUUUCGGUUUGUAUUUGUGUUGCUAACCGUACUUCCAACUCUGUGGUAGUUGAGUUGCGUUGGAAUGGGCAUCCCACCCUCAGCAAUGCGGUUAUCUUAGCACCCAUAUCUAACAAAUAUACAACAAACAAAAAGAAUGAUAAUGAUAAAAGUAUGAAACAUAGUAGUAGUGAUACGGAGAUUACUGUGACUCGUGUUAUUCAUCCAGAUAAUACUGUUGUAUUGUUAACUGUUUCACCUGCAGAUGAUUCAAUGCCCAUGACGUUGGAUUUUCAGCUUAAUUUACUGGAUGCGGUGCCUCCACCAUCAGAGGAUAAGAGGAAUGUAAUUCUGUUUGAUAAUGCGGUGGCACAAAGCCGUGUAGUGGAGGAGUGGCUGCAACAGCAACAGCAACAGCGAUGCUCUUCGCACUACAAGUCCUGA